AUGACGAAACUGUUUUUCAUUGCUGUUUCAGAUGGAACCUGCGUUUCCAAGAUCGUGAAUGGGAAACUCGUCCAAGUUGGAGAAUGCAAGAAAAACGAUGAAUCCGAAAUUGCCAGACUGAUCAAGAAAAGUCUUGAUGAGAAGAAAAAAGCUGGAAGUAAAUGUGACUUCAAAUACGAUUCGAAAUGCUUCCGGCUAGUUGUGUAUGAUGCAUGGAACGUCACCUUCAACGAUGCUGAAUCAAUUUGCAAAUUAAUGUACAACGGGAAACCCGCGAAUAUUUACGACCUCACUCACUACCUGAUCUUGCUUUCUCAUAUGCGACCACUGAUACCUACUGGUCAGACAUAUACUUACAUCUGGACUGGGAUGGAGUAUAAGAACAAUCAGCUUUUGCUGUCAAGUGGAAGAAAUAUCACACUGGCAACUGAAGUGUGGUAUCCUGGUCUUCUGCAUCCAGAUGCAUCGUCGACAAAUGUUGCAGUUAUUGUCUAUAAAUAUUCAGAGAAUACAUUAGAUCGGGGAUUGUACAAUGGACCACCAUCCUCGGCAACCAACGGUGUCAUCUGUGAGAUAUGAACCAAAUUAAAACCUGAGUAAACUUAGUUGACGGAUUGAUCGAUAUAAAAAGACAAAACAAAACAAUGACUUAACUGUAAUGUGCAUAGAUAAACGUUUCCAGUUUUUUUUUGUUUGCUUUUCUAUGGCCAUUGAUUCUAUCGAUUCUAACCGAGUUAUUAUUGACCCGUGUCUGAUUAUGCAUAAAUUAUGAACACCCUAUAGAAUAGAUCAGUGGUUCUCAACCUUUUACCGACCGCAUACCACUUUGGUGUGUUUUAUUCUGGCCGCGUACCACCGACGAAAGCUAUUUUGUGGCGGGGGAACAAUGGCACGAGAAAUGCGCUAUGGUAGUAUUUUAUAUGGCACUGCAUCGAUUUUAGAUCUUCGUUCAAAGUUUCAACGUAUUAAUUAUAUGCAGUAACAACGUAUUAAUUGCGUACAAAAUCACGAAAGUUUUUGCGUCGUUUACCGUCAGAGCUGAAAGGCUUUAUUC